AUGACGUGGGAUACUCUAAAGCAAGAGUAUCUAGGUGGCAAGAAGGUGAUUACAGUGAAGCUGCAAUCACUAAGGAGAGAGUUUGAAACAGCUCUAAUGACGGACAAAGAAUCUGUCCAAGAAUACUUGUCACGUGUAUCCACUGUAGUACAACAAAUGCGGUCAUAUGGAGAAACAAUGACCAAUGAGCAUGUGGUUGGAAAAGUUCUAAGAAGUCUCACAAACAAAUAUGACCAUGUUGUAGCAGCUAUUGAAGAGUCAAAGGACAUGGCAGAUUACACCUUUGAUGAACUCAUGGGAUCCUUGCAAGCUCAUGAGGAGAGGCUCAAUAGAAAUGGUGAGAAGAAGGAAGAGAAGGCAUUCCAUGUGAAAGGAGAAUCCUCAAACAAGGAAAAGACAGGGCAAUUCAGUGGAAGAGGUAGAGGAAGAGCUGGCUCAAGAGGAAGGGUCCGUGGAAGAGGACAAAAUAAGGAAGGAAAAGAGCAAUCAUAUAAAGGUCCAGUCAAAUGUUACUAUUGCAAGAAGCCAGGCCACAAAGAAGCUAGCUGCUGGAAGAAGGAGGAGGAUGAACAAAAGGGUGAUCAAAAGUCCAAUUUUGUGGAGAAUGAGCAAAAGUUGUUCUUAGCACAAAGGGCAGCUGACAAUGAUGCAGGAGGUGACGUGUGGUAUAUUGACAGUGGGUGCUCCAACCAUAUGUCAAGUGCCAAGUCUAUGUUCAGAGAAUUGAAUGAAUCUUUAAAGAGCAAGGUGAGGCUUGGAGAUGAAAAACAACUUGAAGUGGAAGGAAGAGGCAUGAUUGCAAUUAAAACUGAGCAAGGAAACACUAAGCUAUUAUAUGAUGUGCAGUAUGUGCCAAAUUUGGCUCACUAUUUGCUGAGUGUGGGUCAAUUACUUAAUUCUGGAUAUUCAGUACUGUUUGAGAAUGAUUUCUGUUUGAUCUGUGAUAAGAAAUCCAAAGAAGUUGUAGUAAAGAUUGUUAUGGGGAGAAAUAGAAUGUUCCCUCUUGAUUUAUCUGGCAAUGUGAGCAAAGCACUGACAGUUAAAGGAGAUGAUGAUGGUGUCAGGAUUUAUAUAUUAUAA